UUGUCGCAUUAAAAGUUUGGGGUUUAGGACGAGAUGAUAAAGUAAUAUACUUUCGGACUGGCAUAACACAAUCAGAAUUAAGUGGAAAAACAUGGAAAGCCAUUCUUUUACCAUUAUCUAAUACUUUGUCCAAGAAUAAUAGUUUUACUAGUACUUCUUCACAAAAGAGUAUUUUAAGCAAAAGAAAUUCUGAAUGUGAGGAAUCAUCAUUUUCAACACCAGAAUUGACCCCAAAAUUAUCAAAACACAAAACUGCUACAAAAUUUUCAUUGUCUACUUCUCUACCUUCAACAAAUGUUUCUACCAAUCAAAGUACAAAACUUUUAACUGAUGUCUCAACAUCUGAAGAAGAGUACUCACAAAAAAUAGAUUCUGGAAUAUCUUUAACAGAGUGCAUAGAAGACAAAAAUUCAUCUUUCAGUUCUAAAACAGUUCAGAAUAAUUCAACUCCUCUUACUGAUUUUUCUGAAACAGUGGACCAAUCUAAUGUGAACAUGUCUAGUAAAGAUGAUUUGGUUCAGACUGAACCAUCUAUAGAAGAAAAUAUUUCAGCUGUAGAAAAUCACAGUAUUUUAUUAUUAGAAAAUAAUGAUUCUAAUAAAUAUAGGUAUGAAGCAGAAUUUCCUAGAGAAGUAUGGCCAUCCACCAUGAUGGACGAUUCUUGUUCCUCAAUGCAUGUAUACGAAACAAUGCAUGGCAGCUUUUCUUGGAUCUGGAUUAGCUGUAGUGGAUGCAUGGUUGAUCCUCAGGCCCUUCCACAAUGGUUUACAUCUGGAUCUUUCUCAAGUAGUUAUGGAUUUGAUGAACCCUGGAGAUUAAAUAUUGUCUUUCAGUUUCAGAAGAGAUAUGAAAAUGAAAUCAAAAAAUUCAAAUCAUAUCCACUUGCAGUUGAAAAGAGUACCUGGGUGAAAACGGGUUCUUGUAGAUUAAUGUCCGACUCACAACCACGUCAUUGGGUUGACUGUCAGUUGGAAUUAGAACGACAUGGUGCUGAGAGGAAUCUUGACAGUGCCACCUUGAAUUGCCAUUGUUUUAUGGGAGUUCAAAAGAUAUUGGUUAAUAAUUUGGUGGAAGUGACGUGCAUCGUAAACGUCAGCGACCAACAAAAACAGGCAAUUGCCAUUCACACGGCUGAAAGAACCGCAAAAAGAAAUCCUUUGAAAUUAAGCUUUCGAUCUGAUAACGAAAUGGAAGAUUGGUUUUCCACUCUCUGUAAUGUUAGUUGCGAUCUGUGGAAUUUGAGAGGAAAACCCGAAAAUACUGCAAUUUGGUCGACCACCGUCAAAGGAGAUAUUUACAUCAGCAAUUGUAAUACAGAUUUAAAUCAUUCUUCCUUAUAUAACAUAAUAUGGAGGUUACUGGGAGGAGGACAUUUGAACAUAGUGGAAACUUGUAAGGCGGGAGUUGUUUGGGGGAUCGGUUAUAACAACACAGUGUGGGUUUACACCGGUGGUUACGGAGGAGGAAUAUUCAAAGGAAUAUCCGGAUGCAAUUUAGGAAUCUAUUCCAUGACGGACGUUCGUCACGUCUAUGUUUACGAAAAUCAAAGGUGGAAUCCAUUGUCGGGAUUUUCUCAGAGGAGACUUCCCACCGAUCGUUACAUAUGGAGCGACAAAACGGGUCAUUACGAAUGCACCAAAGAAAACACUCAUCUACCUUCUAAACAUUGGCAAUGGAUAUCUGAUUGGGCUAUAGAUUAUCACACUCCAGGAGGCGUCGACAAUGCGGGAUGGCAAUACGCUACUGACUUUCCUUACAGUUAUCACUCUCACAAAACAUUCACUGAUUACGUUCGAAGGCGAAGGUGGUUCAGGAAGUGUAAAUUAAAUACUACGGGGCCUUGGCAAGAACUAGGAACCACUCCUUUGAUCGACGUCUCGUUUCAAGUGGAUCAUUCGGGCAAUCCUAACGAGCCGAUAGCUACGUGGGCCGUGGCCACUAACGGAGAUGCCUUGUGCAGAAUUGGUGUUACCUCUUUGUGCCCCAAGGGAAUAAAUUGGAUUCACAUUCCCGCGGAUCAGUCUUUUAAGUCUAUCAGUGUCGGAGGGAGUUACAAAAUCUGGGCCAUCGGUAAAGACGGGUCGGCAUUCCUAAGAAACGGCGUGUCUUCGACGAAUCCAACAGGUUCUCUGUGGUUCCACGUGGAGGCUCCGCAACAUCCAUUAUGCCAAAUUUCCGUAGGGAAGACGUCUGUUUUCGCCACAGACGAGAACAAGAAUCUUUGGUAUCGUCAAGAGAUUGUACCAGUGUUUCCCGAAGGAACCUCUUGGAAACUCGUGUGCUCGAAUGUCAGAAUGGUGUCCGUAGGACCCGACGAUCAGGUGUGGGCGGUUUUAGAGACCAUCGAAACGGAACAGGGAAGUAUUUCUGGUGUUGUCUGCCAAAGAGAAGGCGUUACCGAAGCUAACAAAAUUGGUACCGGAUGGACAUCAGGAAUCGGAGGUGGAUGGCAGUACGUUAGCGUUCGCGGAUGCGCAUCCACGAAUCUGGACGCCGACGCCGUAUCCUUCGAAGGAACAAAAUCGAGCAGGGACAACACGGUUCUAGGAUAGACCUCAUCUUUUGUAAAUUUUAAUGUAUUUAUCGAAUUGUACAGAAUAAUGAAGGCGAAUUUUGUGCAAGAUUUAUAUCGUUAUACUCUUGUUUAAUAAUUGUGAAGCUUGAUGUUGUAAAUAAUAAUGUUAAGAAUAAUCGUUCUAGCGAUCGUUCGUAAAUCGUUAAUCUUACAUCGUCGUUAAACGAUGUAAUUACAAUAAUUCGAUAUUAAGUUUCAAAAAUUAAAAUUUUAUAUUUUAAGAACUUACUUUGUAAUUCCUAUUGAUCAUUCGGAUAAUAACCGAACGUUGUUAGAAUUUCUAUACAUGCCGAAAAAAUACACAAGCAUUAUGUAAAUAAACAUUUCUGUAUCAAAAUAAAUCGAUUUAUUUAAUGUAUCGGUUACCAAAUUGUUCCGUAAUGUUUCCCAAAACAUUACGGAACAAUUUGGUCACUAAACGAGCCAUUUGCAUUGUGUCUGGACACAAUAAAAAAUUUACGCCAUUAUGCAGAAGUUUCGUUUGCAAAUACUUGUAUUCACACAUUUCCUCGUUUGUUUUUUUACGUCUAAUAAAUAUUCAAUGUUAAAUCGCUGUUCUUGCAAUAAAUUUCCCGAGAACAAUAGGCAAAGAUGCGGGUCGAGCGGAUAAGUAUAAAAAUAUUUUUAGGACUGGUGGAAAAAAUUGUUCUACAAAAACGUAUCCAUCUUUGCCUCAUCCGAGGGGCAUUGUUUGCUUAUGUUUUUGCUACGUACACAGGUAUAACAAAAUUUGUUACGCAUCAAUAGGGCCAAACGAUGUAAGAUGCCCGCUAACAACAGAAUAAUGAAAGCUUUUACACGUCUUCUCCUAUAUAUAAAGUUAGUAGUCGCAGAGAAACGCAUUUGUUAAAAAAAAACAUUACGCACGUUAGCGCGUUACAGCUUCACGGGGUCCCAGGCAAAUUUAAAUGAGGGGUUCUUACAUAGUGUAGACUUGGGGCAUUUUUUGGGUAGAAAUAUUUUCUUAAAGAUUGGUUUGGGGUUCCGGGCAAUUGCCCCCUUUUCCCGUAGGAUAACGCGCCACGGCACUUUUAACUAUAUUCGUUCUACCAAACCCACAAAUCUCUCAUUUUUUGUAAAUAAUUUGAUUUCCACUAAAAAAAAUUAUUGGAAAAAUUGUUAAAGGUAGUACCAGGGAACGACCUUCAGCCAAAUAAUAAAUAAUUUCUUGUUGUAAACAUCUGGAAAUAACAUUUUAUCGAAGGGCGAGGCUAAUUGUGGAAGAUGCGAUGGGAAAUUAAAUUUUGUCGGUACGGCAUCUUAAA